AUGACCCGCGCUGCGACCCCCGCCGCCCCCAGCGCUCUCCGGACCCUCCCAGCCGCGCUGCUGCUCCUGCUCCUGAGCGCCGCCUGCCGGCAAGCUGCAGGGGAGCCCCUGGACGCCGAGCUGCGCUGCCAGUGCCUGGAGACCAUGCAGGGCAUUCACUUCAAGAACAUCCAGAGCGUGACGGUCACGCCCCCGGCACCCCACUGCCCCCGCACCGAAGUCGUAGCCACUCUCAAGAAUGGUCAGCAAGCCUGUCUCAACCCCGAAGCCCCCCUGGUUAAGAAAAUCAUUGAAAAGAUGCUAACAGAAGAAUACAAACAGUAUGUACUUUCUGAAAUUGUUGCAGGGAAAUCUACCAUGAGACCUCAAGUCAAUUUCAUAGAUAUUGAGUUGCGAUGGUUCACGUGUCAUUGUCAAACCAAAUUUCUCUUAGAUUUUACAAGUAUAAGGCAGUCUGUUAUUGAGAGAAUCAUGGCAGGAAGUGGGACAGGAGAGGACAUGAGGUGGCAGUCAUGGGGUGAAGGAAGUAGGAAAAGAAGAAUAUGUGACACAUCAGAACUUUAA